GAGGCCGGGGGGCCCGGCUGUGGUCGUCGCGGGCAGCCCGGGGGCGGGGCUCUCGGGCGUGUCGCUGAUUCCCCUGCCCGCAAUGCAUGGCGCCGCGCCCGCGCUCCUUUGUUUCGGCCCUGCUUUUUUGCCGGGAACGCGGCGCCCGGCCGCCUGGUCUCUCGGUCCUGUAAGUACGCGCGCCGCCCCAGCUCCAAAAAUGGGCCGCGUCAUUGUUGCGUGGCUUGGUGGCCUGAAGGAUGGGCGCAACUUGGUCGCCCCCGGCCUCGCGCCUCGCCCGCUCGCACUGAGCUACCUGGCGCAGAGAGAAUUGGGCGGGCCGCGUAGUAGCUAUGUUCGUUCGUUGGCGCGCCGCGCUCCCACAGCUGCCCUGCGGGGUGUGGGAUCGCCCCCAGCUUUGGUUGGCGGCUUCUAUUGGCGAGCAAGCCUCCCUGUUGUUGUUGGUUUAGCCUCCGUUUAG